AUGAAAAAGACGCGUCAACUACAAAAUGAUCUUAUUUCCUAUAUAGAUCAACCAACUGGUAAUGAACAUUUCACGUAUAAAGAACGUCAAUUUGCUGGUCCAUCAUAUCAAAAAUUGUCAAAUUUUCUUGAACAAGAAAAUACAGAUGUUGUUGAAGAUACAAAUGAUUUUAUUUGUAUCUCAUGUAAAUCAAUAUGGGAUGGUGAUAUGUCUGUUACACAACGGGAAGGAUUAUAUUGUUCUCUGGUGUUUACAUGUCACUGCUCGAACGAAAUUAAAAUCAAUACAUCUAAACAAUGUCCAAAAACUCCUCAACGAGAUAUUAAUAUUCGAAGUGCAAUUGGUCAUCAAGGUCUUGUAAAACUUUGUGGUGUUUUGAAUGUACCACCUCCUAUUGAUGAUGAUCAUUUUUCUCGCACUAUUACACGUAUACUUCCGGUAUUUGAAUCACACAAGCUCAAUUCAAUGAAAAAUGCUAUAGAAGAAGCAUGUGGUGAAUCAAAUAAACGUAAACUUACUGUGCUGGAUUUGGAGAGAUUAUCUAAAAGUUGUUUCAUUUGUACAGGUGCACUUAGUAUCAAACGUUCAAAUCCAACAAAAUAUGAAGAAAUUGAAAAUAAACAAAUGUGA